UUUAACAAUUUUGAAACACAAUAGAAAGAAAAAUGCGGAGCUCUUCAGUGACUUGAAACAAUCAUACACAUAUGCUGCACUUCCAUUGUAAUUUGCAUGCUUUGCUUGUGCCUGGCUAGCGGGUUUGGCAAUGGCAUCUCAAUCCGCAAUAAGCAACUUCCCUCCAAAUGCCUCAUCCCCUUCCUCUCUCUCCUCACCAUUCACCUACACAAAGUAAUAGAAACAUGACCCUCACUUGUAUCACCUGUCCACAAGAUCCAGUCCGUCUCAUAACCUUGAUCAAAUAGCAUGCUUAAUCAUGUUGUCCAUUCUGGAGGUUGAAGUUUCAGAAAAGAUUGAGAGGGCUAGGAGGCGACAAUAAAACGGGGUGUGAGCGGUGUGCUAAAUCGCUAGGGACGAGGGAAUGAUACUUCCUUUUUUACUGUCCUUAUAUGUCAUUUUAUGAGAGGAUAAAUUAGUCCUUAAAACUUUAAUAAAAAGUGGUAACACUCUUUAAGAAUUAGUGGGGACUUUAAUUUGUAUGUUGAAUAGUCCUGCACUUGCUUCAUUUUGUCUUGGGGAAUCAUCACAAUUGGUUUUGUAGGAAAGAGACAACAAUUUGAUUAAUUAUUAUCGUGCCACAAAAGGUGACAAUAUUUUUAAUAUUUGUUGCCAAUAAGUUAACCUGUCCCUUUCCUCUCUGGUCAUCCAUAUAUUAUAUGAAAGUUUCGUCCUGGAAAAUAUGCCUGCUUUCUAUGUAUCUUGUUUUACUUUGUGAUUAGUUGGGGGGGGGGGGAGAGAGAGAGAGAGAGAGAGAGAUUCAGAUGGAGAUGGAGAUAGGUUGUACUUGUAUGUGGGGUGUGUUACCUUUCGCAGGCAUGGUAGCUAUGGAGUUCGUAGACGUGGGCAUAGCAACCAUAAGCAAAGCAGCAAUGUCAAGAGGAAUGAGCAGCUAUGUUUUUGCUGUUUACUCCAACGCCUUUGCUACCGUCUUUCUCCUUCCUUUUUUCAUUUUACAAAAGAAGCCGAUUUCUCUUCCUCUUUCAUUCCUUUGUAGACUUUUCCUCCUCGGCCUAAUUGGGAGUUCGGCUAUGCUAUUGGCGUAUAGUGGCAUCUACUACAGCUCCCCAACACUUUCAUCAGCAAUAUCAAAUCUCUCACCAAUUUUUACCUUCAUACUGGCAAUCAUUUUUAGGAUGGAAACACUGGAUUUAAGGAGAGCAAGCAGCCAAGGAAAAUUGUUGGGCACUCUAGUGUCUGUAUCUGGGGCGUUUGUCGUUGUCCUAUACAAGGGAUCGAUAAUCCUAAAGUUAAAGGCUGUAUCAACCCCCGACUUCCUUCACCCGCACUUAAUCAUCUCAGAACAGACAAUGUGGGUCUGUGGAGGUCUUGUACUUACAAUGGGUUGCUUCUUUGGUGCAUUAUGGAACAUCGCUCUGACAUCGAUUGUUACGAACUAUCCAUCAAAGGCAACCUUUGCAUUCUUCUACAAGUUCUUUAUGACCAUCCAAUGCACAAUAUUUUCUCUAAUUCUGGAAAGGAACCCAAAUUCUUGGGUGUUAAGGCCCGACUUCGAGAUGGCCACCAUUAUCUGCUCAGCUGUAUUGGGGAGUGUCUUUCGCCUUGGAGUCUAUUCAUGGUGCGUGCAACAAAAGGGACCGAUCUUUGUAUCCAUGUUCAAGCCCUUGGGAGUUGUCAUUGCAGCAUUCAUGGUGGUCAUCUUCCUGGGCGACGCGCUUCACCUUGGCAGUGUGAUUGGAUCUUUGAUUAUUGCAAUUGGAUUUUAUGCUAUGAUGUGGGCACAGAGCAAAGAAAAGAGCAAUUCUAUGGAGAAAGAAGUCCACAGCUCGGCAUCAGCCACCCAACAUGCUCCCCUUCUGCAAUGCAGAGCCACGGAAGAUGUAUGACAACUCGAGAAUGAAUCAACUCGAAAGGAACGUGUUUUUUUAUUGAACUCAAGGAAUACGAAACUCAGUGACUUUUAGCUACUGUGCACACAUCACAAUUUAGGGAAGAGUAUGAAACAUUAUGAAACAAAGAUGGAACUUUCUCAAAUAA